AGAGAGCGAGAGAGAGAGAGAGAGAACGAAGGCGGGGGGGGGGGGGGGGAGAUUGUGAUUUAGUGCUCUGGUGGGUGAAACAACCCCCCACUAACGAAGAGGAAAGCAAUAGAAGAAAAGACAAAAAGGACAAAGCCAAACGGAGUUUUGGUCAUCUGUUUCUUCAACAAUGAGCUCAGAAAAGGUACGAUUCUACUUUGUAUCAACUCUUUUGUUGCUUAUCUAACUUUGAAUUAAUUGCGAUGAGUUUUAUAUGUAGGCCUAGAGAUCAACAGGUGUUGCUGAAUGAGGAGGCUAUAGACUGGUGAUAACUGACUUGCCGAGAGAGUUAUGUCUCUCAUUUCUUCCACUAUCACAGGGUUUAGAGAAGAUGUUUUGCAUUUUAGUUAUGUUUUCCAAUAAAAGUCAAAGGUAUAAACACUGAACCUAUAAAUCCUCCAAUCUGUUUAUAAUGUUCCUGUUUUACAGACAUUUGUUUAUGAUAUUUUUCCCCUAUGAUAUUACAUCUCUGUCACAUUUGUAAUUGUUGCCAAUACUGGUGUAAUCACUUAAACUCAUGCAGAGCUUGUCAACAGUUUUCAGUUGUUGAAGUUAUAUAGGCCUAGCAGCUGUUUUGGAAACAUCUUUGGCAACAAAAUGUAAAAAUUGUAUUUAAAUAGCUACAUUACAAAUUGCAAAAGCCAUUUCAGAUACUGUGAUUCAGUAUUCACUAUACAACGCAUAUAAUGACAGCGUACUUGGGUACUGUACACAUACAUGAUUAGAUUCCUCAAGCACAUAUACAUAUUAGCCUACAUCUUGCAGUGAUGCUUUGUGUGUCUAUCAUUGUCUAUAUUUAAUGGAAAAUAUAGGCCUAUUUAUUCAUAGAACAUCACUCAAUGACCUUCUACGGCAGAAUGAGUAGAGAAUGAAUGAUCAUGGGUGCACCUCAGCCACGCUCAAGGUCCUAAACGAUAUUAUAACCGCGAUCGAUAAUAGACAGUACUGUGCAGCCGUCUUCAUCGACCUGGCCAAGGCUUUCGACUCUGUCAACCACCGCAUUCUUAUUGGCAGACUAAAUAGCCUUGGUUUCUCAAAUGACUGCCUCGCCUGGUUCACCAACUACUUCUCAGAUAGAGUUCAAUGUGUCAAAUCAGAGGGCCUGUUGUCUGGAACUAUGGCAGUCUCUAUGGGGGUGCCACAGGGUUCAAUUUUACAUUUUAGUCAUUUAGCAGACGCUCUUAUCCAGAGCGACUUACAUGAGCAAUUAGGGUUAAGUGCCUUGCUUAAGGGCACAUCGACAGAUUUUUCACCUAGUCGGCUCGGGGAUUAGAACCAGUGACCUUUCGGUUACUGGCACAACGCUCUUACCCACUAAGCAAUUCUUGGGCUGACUCUUUUCUCUGUGUAUAUCAAUGAUGUCGCUCUUGCUGCUGGUGACUCUCAGAUCCACCUCUACGCAGACGACACCAUUUUGUAUACAUCUGGCCCUUCAUUGGACACUGUGUUAACAAACCUCCAAACGAGCUUCAACGCCAUACAACACUCCUUCCGUAGCCUCCAACUGCUCUUAAACACUAGUAAAACUAAAUGCAUGCUCUUCAAUCGAACGCUGCUGGCACCCACCCACCCGACUAGAAUCACUACUCUCGACGGGUCUGACCUAGAGUAUGUGGACAACUACAAAUACCUAGGUGUCUGGUUAGACUGUAAACUCAACUUCCAGACUCACAUUAAGAAUCUCCAAUCCAAAGUGAAAUCUAGAAUCGGCUUCCUAUUUCGCAACAAAGCCUCCUUCACUCAUGCUGCCAAACAUGCCCUCGUAAAACUGACUAUCCUACCGAUCCUUGACUUUGGCGAUGUCAUUUACAAAAUAGCCUCCAACACUCUACUCAGCAAAUUGGAUGUAGUCUAUCACAGUGCAAUCCGUUCUGUCACCAAAGCCCCAUAUACUACCCACCACUGUGACCUGUACUCUCUUGUUGGCUGGUCCUCACUAUAUAUUCGUCGCCAAACCCACUGGCUCCAGGCCAUCUAUAAAUCACUGCUAGGCAAAUCUCCGCCUUAUCUUAGCUCAUUGGUCACCAUAGCAACACCCACCCGUAGUCUGCGCUCCAGCAGGUAUAUCUCACUGGUCAUUCCCAAAGCCAACACCUCCUUUGGCCGCCAUUCCUUCCAGUUCUCUGCUGCAAAUGACUGGAACGAACUGCAAAAAUCUCUGAAGCUAGAGACUCUUAUCUCCCUCACUAACUUUAAGCCUCAGUUGUCAGAAAACCUUACCGAUCACUGCACCUGUACACAGCCCUUCUGAAAUUAGCCCACUCAACUACCUCAUCCCCAUAUUGUUAUUUAUUUUGCAUCCCAGUAGCUCUAUUUGCACAUCAUCUCUUGCACAUAUAUCAUUCCAGUGUUAAUACUAAUUGUAAUUAUUUUGCAAUAUGGCCUAUUUAUUGCCUUACCUCCAUAACUUGCUACAUUUGCACACACUGUAUAUAUAUUUUCUGGGGUAUUUUUGACUGUAUGUUUUGUUUUACCCCAUAUGUAACUCUGUGUUGUUGUUUUUAUCACACUGCUUUGCUUUAUCUUGGCCAGGUCGCAGUUGUAAAUGAGAACUUGUUCUCAACUGGCUUACCUGGUUAAAUAAAGGUUAAAUAAAAAAAAAUGAGAGUGUGCAUUACCCAACUUACCUUAUAACACCAUUUAACGGUGCUGAUGUGUUUUAGUACAUUGAUUAUACAUUUGCUGUGUAAUUCUAUAUUUGGCUAUGUUGUCAUUGCAAAUGAGAAUUGGUUCCCAAUUGACCAACCUGGUUUGAAUAACAAGAAAUGUAUGAACCUCUUCUUAAGUUGGACCUUGAGAAUGUGCCCCUAUCUGCAGAUUUACUGUCAGUUUACCAAACCCCAAUCCUAACCUUAGCCGUCAGGACAUAACAAGCAUAGCUGAUUGUAGAUCAGGGCUUAUGGGGAACCAGAGGUAGUGUGUUGAGUUGGCUGGAAAGAAGUCCUGGGUUGUUUCCUGAUUUACAACAAUAGGAUAUUAAUCAAUGAAAUUCUUCAUUGGAUUUCUUCAGAUAUUGAUACGGUGCCUUUGUGCACUUCUUCUUAACCCAAUUAGGCCCACUCCAGUCUCCUUUUCACCUCAUGCAACACCUGAUUUACUUAACAAAAGGCACAUCUCAAUAGGUGAUCCAGGUAUGACAUGACACAAGUGGUGGCCUUUCCUCUCUUGUUCUCUAUUGCUCCUCUAUUGUUCCUCAAGCAAGGGGGGAGGCCGAUGACAUCACCUCAGACCAUCAGACCAACCCUUACGAAAAACCACAUGAAUUUCACGUGAUCACAUGUGAAUUGUUAAGAAAACCACAUGUGAUCUUAUGUGAAGUUAAUGCGAUAACAUGUGACAACAUGGAAAGAAAUAUGUGAUUACAUGAAAACAUGAUCACAUGUGAAGUGUUCCAAAAACAAGUUCACGUGAAAUUUCACAUGAAAUCUGGAUUUUAUACAUCAUGUGUUUUUUCUGUAAGGGUAACUCCUUGAAUGCCCUACUCCUUGACGUUUUCAGUUGUGUCUAAAAAGUACUAUUUUGCUCCCAAAAAAUGUACCCUCAAGUGUGUGGACAUUACUGUAUUUAUACUUCAUAUUCAACAUGAAACCUUUAAUCGCUGGAGGACCUCUAUAAGAUAAGCUCAGAGCCUCCUUGAACAUUGGUAACAAUAGUUGUACUUGCAAAAAGUCCAUAGGAGGUCAAUUGUACUGUACAGAGUUGUAACCCAUACAUCUGUGGAAUCAAAUGAUAUCAUCAGGUCUAUUCAACAGCAGCCUGACCUGUCAGUGUUACCCAAUACAUGUCGGUCUGCCCAAUGACCAUCCACUGACAUCAACAAAUGAGCCAAUGCAUGACAUGCUGCAGAAUGCCACACUCACAGGAUGUUGUCUGAAAGGAGCAUGUGUGAGCCUUAGUGUUGAGUGAGGUCAGAUGUGUGUGUAGGUCCGACACGAGGGCCACUGUGCUGUAACACUAGAGAGAAGAGGCUUGUGUGAGUGCCAUUGUACAUUCAUCAUGGCGAGAGUACUGUAGGUUUACAAAAUAGAACUUGAAUGACUAUAAUUAUUUCUAAGACACAGUAUUAGUGUAUGUCUAGUCUUCCCACUCUAUUUCCACAAACCCAUGUUAUGAAGUGUCAUAAGCAUGACACAAGCGUUGCAUAAAGUGGUCUAUAUUACAAACCUUCUGAUUGUGUCAUGUAAUAUGUUACAUUUUAGUCAUUUAGCAGACGCUCUUAUCCAGAGCGACUUACAGUUAGUGAAUACAUAUUUUUUUAUACUGGCCCCCCGUGGGAAUCGAACCCACAACCCUGGCGUUGCAAACGCCAUGCUCUAUCAACUGAGCUACAUCCCUGCCAGCCAUUCCCUCCCCUACCCUGGACCAAUUGUGCGCCGCCCAUGAGUCUCCCGGUCGCGGCCGGCUGCGACAGAGCCUGGAUUCGAACCAGGAUCUCUAGUGGCACAGUUAGCACUGCGAUGCAGUGCCUUAGACCACUGCGCCACUCAGGAGGUCAGGAUGUUAGGCAUUAUAGUGGAGCAGUUAGAAUGAGCUGUUACUCAGUGUGCUAUAGCUUGCAAGUAAGCAUUUCACUGUACUGUUUACACGUGCUGUAUCCUGUGCAUGUGACAAAUAAACUUUGAUUUAAUUGGAUUAUACUUCACAGUAACAAAUGAUGUUUUUUCCCAGUAGGUGCUCCACCACUGCAGACACCAUGUAUUAUACAGUGAUACCCUGGUGUAUUUUGCUUAGGUCAUGUGAUACAUCUGGAAUCACUUCUGCGUCGGAGUUAUGAAGUUAAACGUAACCCCCCCCCAUAUGAAAGAUAACUGUUACGUUCUCCCCUCGGGUGUAGCUCGUCUGGGGAGGAGACGUAAAUGCCCGUGCACACAAUGUAAACUAGAUGGAUGAGGAAGAAAUGUGGGGUGUAACUAACUAAAAUAACCAGACACAACAACCAGAACUCAGUGUUAGCCCUAGGGGGACGUUUAGUAAGGUACUAAACAACAUAAUAUAUAACAGCCAUAAAGAAACAGUAAUAAAACAAAGACCAAUCAAACAAACCAGGGAAGGUAAGAGAAGGGAAUGUUUGGGAACGGGGUCCAAGUAAUGAAAAUAAACAAAAGGUCCCUCCUCUUCUACACACCUAAUCCUUCCUAACACACUCUAAGCCUUAACCCGCUUUCCUACCUGUUACCACAAAUACAGGGGUGACACCCACCCGGCUAACCUAGUGUGUAAAACAGUGGGUUAUCUACAUGUGAAUGUACACCCAUGGGCAGAACUACCUUUCCCUUCUCCAGGACCCAGGUAGGGUGGAACACAGCAGGAGGACAGACUGGAACACAAACAAAGAUAAAUCAAAACAACCAAUAACCAAAUCCUCAGACAAACAGCCAAACAGAAAGUGCCCCCUCUCUCUCUUGAGCUCACACGGCAAACAGUUUAUAUACUCUAGUCAAUCAGUCACUCACCCACAGCUGCCAGGACUCCGGACCGAAGCCACGCCCACCAUCGUCAGCCGCAACUCAGCACACCUGUAAUAACCAGAACACACAAACAGAACAACCACUCUGAACUACACACACACACUACAAAGGAAGAUUGGGAGAAAGAAAAACAUGUCACACGUAACAAUAACAUUAUGACCAAAACGUGUCUUAAAACAGUGGUCAGACCCUCCUUUGCUUUGAUUUCAGGCCCUGAGGUUGUUUUUCCUGCUUCCAUAUGGAUGUGAAUAACACGGCACUUCUUAACUUAUGUGAUUGAGUCCACCAAUUACUUUAUCACUACCCUACGUUAGGGCAACCCAAAGGUUUCUGCUAUCAGUUUGUGCCAGACCAGUCAUAACCCCUCAGAUAAGAACAAUUGACUUUUCCAACACCAGGUACAAGUGUCAUGGCGCUGAAUAAACAUUGGACCACAGAGAGAGAACCGGCGCUGAACCGACCAAGCUGUUCGGCGACAGAAUUCCCCCCAGGAUUAAAUGGCUAAAGUCUCGCUCAACUCAGCUUUUCCCCUUACAGCCCUCCUUUGUUAUCCUAAAGAGAUUACAGGAAAAAUGUUGACCCAUAUCGGAUAAUGGAGCAGGACAUAAAGUCAACAUUCCCAGCCGUUAGCUCUGGAAGGUCACCCUCUUGAUGAGGAGCAGCCGGGGUUCCCAAAGACUGGCUCAGGACCCACUGGUGGGCUGUGGUUGAUUCCUCUUGGGUCACGGCAUAGGACUUCUAGAAGUUUUGGGAAUAGACUUAAUACAGUCACAAACAACUCUAAAAGAUGGGUCACAGCACAAACAUGUUGGGUACGCAGGGUUGUAGUUUAGGGAUAAGCGGUCUGGUCCUUGCCUCCUGUAUGGAUCGUAGACCACUGAUGAAUACCCUCCAUCGCACUCUGUAGGGGUGAGUUGGAUUUUCAGGUCACCUCCGACCACCUCGGCCUGAAUAUCUCUCCUCUUGGGUGGCUGGUUAGACUUCUCAUAGAAGGUCUUUAUACUUUAAUUAAUUUUAUAUUUCAGUCAUUUAGCAGACACUCUUAUCGAUAGCAACUUACAGGAGCAAUUAGGGUUAAGUACCUUGCUCAAGGGCACAUUGACAUAUUCUUCACCUAGUCUGCUCUGGGAUUCGAACCAGCAACCUUUUGGUUAUUGACCCAACACUCUUAACCACUAGGCUACCUGCCAACACUUAUUUCUCUCCAUCUUUGUUUUUCCAGGGGCCUUCAGUCUGCUGUUGUAAAGCCUGAUGUCCUAACAUACAGGGGAGGAGACUACAAUACAUAAACAUUCUGAAACACCAUGUCUCGUUCAGAUGAGGUCAACAAGAUGACAGAAAACGUGUAUAAGGUACAGUGUGUAGUGUUGUUGUCUCCAAGAGCAAUGAAUCAGUCUGUAGAUGUAGUCAGGCGAGUGCCCUAUAUAACGGUUUUGUUGAAACUCAGUCUGCUAGCAGCAAUGAUCACAGACUGUGACUAAGUGGUUAGUUGAAGAGGAGACAUGAAUAUUGUCUAUUGUUGUCAUGUGUGUUGUAGGGGAUUCUGGACCAGUUCAACCCCAGUCUGAAGAACUUUGUGACCAUGGGGAAACACUAUGAGAAAGCCCUGACAGGUGAGAGAGAGUGGUGUGGACAUACAGUAUACUGUAUAAUUAAGAAAUAAGGCCAGAGGAGGUGUGGUAUAUGGCCAAUAUACCACAGCUAAGGGCUGUUCUUUAAGCACGACACAAUGCAGAGUGCCUGGACACAGCCCUUAGCCGUGGUAUAUUGGCCAUAUACCACAAACCCCGGAGCUGCCUUAUUGCUAUUAUAAACUGGUUACCAACGUAAUUAGAGCAGUAAAAAUAAAUGUUUUGUCAUACCCGUGGUAUACGGUCUGAUAGACCACGGCUGUCAGCCAAUCAGCAUUCAGCGCUCGAACCACCCGGUUUAUAAUGUGUGGUAUAGUAUAUCUAGUGGAGUUGUGGCGUUGGGUGGGCAUGUUUGUUUGGACAUUUUAAUGAUGCCUCUCUGGUGUCUCUGGCAUAGAAGCUGCAUUCCACCCAGGCCCAAUCCUAAAGCCCAUUUAGAGGGAUAGUGUAUAGAGGGUCUUUGUUACAUAGUGCCGCUCACUGAAACGGGUUCUCCUCUCAGGAGUGACGGUGGCAGCUAAGGGAUACUUCGAUGGUCUGGUCAAACUGGGAGAACUGGCCAGCGACAGCCAAGGGUCCAAAGAACUGGGUGAGUGACUGGGUGUGUGAGAGAGAGAGAGAGAGAGAGAGAGAGAGACCGGUGGGGGGGGGGUGAGAAAGAGGGGGUACUAAGAGAGGUAAACUAAGGGACUAUGGGAAAAGAAGAGAGCUAGAGAGUGGAGGGAAGAGAGAAAGUAGGGAGUAAGUGAGGGAGGGAGCUGAGAGAGAGAGCGUGAGGGAACUGAGGGAGAGGGAGAGAGUGGGAUCAUUGUUGAGAGAUUAACAACACCACAUGAUCUCAUUGUAAUGCUGCAAACAGUCGGGGAGGGGGAGAGCAGGAGGGAGAGAUGCCAGACACCACAAACUAGUGUGCUGUGGGAGAGAGACACACACAGCCUUUACCUCAUUGGCAGACCUACAGCUGACAUCAUAGUCUGAGAAGUUGAAAGAUACAAUCAUUCAGUCAGAUAACAGCUCCAGGUGAGAUAAAAUAAUACUUAAUUGAUCCAACACCUCAGAGAUAAUAUUUGACAUACAGACAACAUGAAGUCAAAACAUAUGAUUUAAAGUGUUUUUUUCCCAGCUCUUUUAUCCCGCUCUGUAUCCCUGUGUUGAUGAUGUAUUCUCUGUAUCCCUGUGUUGAUGACGUAUUCUCUGUAUCCUCUGUAGCUCAGCUGGUAGAGCACGGCGCUUGUAACGCCAAGGUAGUGGGUUCGAUCCCCGGGACCACCCAUACACAAAAAUGUAUGCACGCAUGAGUGUAAGUCGCUUUGGAUAAAAGCGUCUGCUAAAUGGCAUAUUAUUUAUUAUUAUUAUUCCAGGAGACACGUUAUUCCAGAUGGCCGAGGUACACAGGCAGAUUCAGGUUCAACUGGAGGACGUGGUGAGUGUUUACCGUGUGUGCGUGUGUGGUGAUAUGAUUGAUUGUUAAAUAUUGUGAUGCUGUAUGAAUGAUGGUAUAAUAUGAUCUACAGUUGAAGCUGUUCCAUUCUGAGCUGCUGUCCCAGUUGGAACAAAAGCUGGAGUUGGAUAUUAAAUAUCUUACUGUGAGUUUAUCUAUGUAUUCUCCUUAAAAUAUUUCCUUCUCUCUAAAAUAUUUUAUUCUCUGUACAGCUGCAACCCCUUUUCUGACUGUAACAAUUUUUCUAUCUAUUGCUCUCUGUUUUCUUCUCGCUCCGUUCUCUCUCGAUCUCAGGCCACGUUGAAGAAAUAUCAGAGUGAGCGCAAGUCGAAGUCAGAAUCUAUCGAGCGCUGCCAAUCACAGCUCAAGAAGCUGCGCAGGAAGAGCCAGGGCAGUCGCCAUCCCCAACAAGUACGGAGAUAGGGAGAUGCAGGUAACUGGCAUCAAACUACACCAUUUUGUGUCAAUAGUGUUUUGUAUGUAACGUUUCAAAGGUGCAGUUGUGUAUUGGUGAAACACUUACAAUGGUGUUUUGACACAGAUAUUUGUGUGGGAUUUUCUUGGAAACACCACCAGGCUAAAGCAUCUUACUCAGCAUUACAAGGCACAGUCAAGUGUUUGUGUGUGUGUACGUAUGGAUGAGAUUAAACAGCAAUCUGUCUCAGCUGAUUUGGCUUCCACAGUCCUUACUGAAGUAAAACUAAAUGGAUAGGGAAGAGAAAGAGGAGAAAUCUUAGAAAUGAGAAAACAGGAAUUAAGAAGGGGGUGGACGAUGGAAGAAAAGGUUAAGGAUUUAGUUUAUCGCUGCUCAGCAGACAGGAUAUGAUGUCACUUCUUCCUCUUGGUCCCUCUGUUGUGCCUCUCCUUACAGUGUAUUAUAAAGGUCACAUAUCUCCUUCUCCGCUGCCUCUGUUAUGCUACAUCUGUGUAUGUGUGUGUGUUUACUAACCUCUCUGUCAGUAUGUGGAGCUGAUGAGUCGUCGUCAGGCUGAGCUGGACACGUUGGUUGCCGUGGGUUACCGCUCGGCGCUGACGGAGGAGAGGAGACGAUACUGCUUCCUGGUGGACCGCCAGUGUUCCGUCACCAAGCUGCUCAUCAACUACCACUGCAAGGUACACACACACACACACACACACACACUCUCUGUCCCUGACCCCCAUCCAAUGGCCAACCUGCCUCUCCUCCUCCCUGUGUCCAGGUGAGAGAGCUCCUGUCACAGAAGCUGUCCUCAUGGCAACAGUCAUGCUCCCAGCCAACCAGACUACCUGAACGGGCACUAAACCUGCUGCGUCACACCGCCCCCCAGGGCUCUGGGGCAUCUGGGAUAGCUGAGCUCCUCCGACACGCCAAACUGGGCGCUGCACAGCCAGAACAGGUGAGAGCAAGGGGUUUUCAAUUCAUUAGUAGGAAUUCACAGACAAACGUCUGAAUUACAUGUACUUUAUAAGACAAAGUGAAAUGAUUAUAAGAUUAGGGUAUUCUAUUAUUUAGACAGGAUUCAGAUGGUUUUCAGUAAUUUAGCAAAAUUCCAUUGUCUCUUCUCAUCUCUCUGUCUUCUCUCUCUCUCUUACCAUUUCUCUCUUUCAGAGGCUGUCAGUACAGGAGGUCCCACCCCUGUUGAAUGGUGGCUCCCAGCAGCAGAGGCCCAUCCGCUCUUCUUCCCAGAGUGACACCCCCCCUCCCCAAAACUCCCCCGGACCCCAGACAUUCCGCUCCCUCGCUGCCACUGGAGGGGCCAUUGGAGGUAGUGGGGCAGGCUCCACCCAGCAGACCAGCACGCCUAUUAGUGCCUCAGCUAUCCCCAAUGCUAACAACAACACAAGCGCUAAUGCUAUCACUACUGCUAACACUCCCACUACUUCAUCCACCUCCUCCAUGGUUGGCUCCAGCCAAGCCCAGCAGUCCUCUCUCCUCCUGGCCACCAGCACCUCCAGCCUCUCCCCAAGUCUCAUCCCCUCCACUGUGCUUUCUCUCAGCCAGGGCUCCCCAUCCUACUCCUCCCUACAGGGCCUGGCCCUGCCGCUGUCCCUCAGUGCCCCUCACAGUCCUCCACUACCCCACAGUGCACCUCUCUCCAGAGCCAUAACCCCCUCGCUGCACCACCAGGGGGGGCUAGGAGGAGGGAACACACCAUUGCUGUCCCAUAAUCCCAUACUGAUGAAGGCAGCAGAGAUGUAUGGAACGUCUACACUGCCGUUGCCUAGGAGACCGGUCAGCGAGGCCCGGGUGGGAGUGUUUAUGGGUAGGUUUUGAUACCCCCCCUUCACUUUUUUUUCGCCAUCUUGUCCUUUUCUUUUCCAAAUGUGAUGUCUAUUUAAUUCAUUUCACGUUCCCUCUCUCCUCUGUCCCCUCUCUCUAUCUUCCAGGUUCCACUCUGCCCAGAGACAGAGUUCUCCCUCUCUCCAGCCCGUCUCGUGUGGAAGCCAUAUUUGCCCAUGCUCCUGGGGAGUCAGAGGGCAGUGGAGGGGGCGGGGCCUGCUUACUUCACUUUCUGCCAGGUGAUGCUCUCAGCCUCCUCAUCUCUGAGCCCAGAGACGGGUGGCACUAUGGCCAGAAUGAACGGACUGGACGGUAAGAGUUAGAACCCACCAUUCAGCUGUACAAAAGUCUACAAUUCUUUAAACACCAACUGAGGACUGUUCUGAAAUUACAUCUUCAGGCAAUCCAUGGGUUUUCUAGGUUAUAUAUAUGGAUAAUACCAACACAAUUCCUCCCUCUCUUCCUUAUAGGAAAGGCUGGUUCCCUUUCUCCUACACUCAGCCCUACCCCAACACCUUGGAUCCCCUCGACAGCAGGUCUGUCACCAUAGAAACAAGAAACUGUUAUGAUCAUUCCUCAAAAUGUUAUUGUCUUAAAUGGAAGUCAACUUUGCAGAAUUAUGAUUAAAUCUUGACACUGUAACUCUAGAAAUCCUUCCGCUAUGGUCUCCACCCUUCCCUUUAUUGACUCUGAUCUAACAGCCUAUCAGCAGCGUUGUCAACAACAUUAUUGUCUUUCAGUACCACAGUGAUGUCUACAAACUGGCAGUGAUGAUGUUGGCUGAUUCACAAGAAGCUGAGAGAGAUCACUGACACUUUGACACAGAUACAGUGCAUUCGGAAAGUAUUCAGACCCCUUCACUUCUUCCACAUUUUGUUACGUUACAGCCUUAUUCUAAAAUGGAUUACAUUGUUUUCCCCCCCUCAUCAAUCUACACACAAUACCCCUUAAUUACAAAGCAAAAACAGGUUUUAGAUUUUUUUGCAAAUGUAUUAAACCAUAUUACAUUUACAUAAGUAUUCAGACCCUUUACUCAGUACUUUGUUGAAGCACCUUUGGCAGCGAUUACAGCCUAGAGUCUUCUUGGGUAUGAUGCUACAAGCUUGGCACACCUGUAUUUGGAGAGUUUCUCCCAUUCUUCUCUGCAGAUCCUCUCAAUCUCUUUCAGGUUGGAUGGGGAUUCAUGCCAUAGAGUUCAAUCUUUGUUUCAUCAGACCAGAGAAUAUUGUUUCUCAUGGUCUGAAACUCCUUUAGGUGCCUUUUGGCAAAGUCAAAGCGGGCUGUCAUGCCUUUUACUAAGGAGUGGGCUCCGUCUGGCCACUCUACCAUAAAGGCCUGAUUGGUGGAGUGCUGCAGAGAUGGUUGUCCUUCUGGAAGGUUCUCCCAUUUCCAUAGAGGAACUCUGGAGCUCUGUCAGAGUGACCAUCAGGUUUUUGAUCACCUACCUGACCAAGGCCCUCUGCCGCGAUUGCUCAGUUUGGCCAGGCGGCCAGCUCUAGGAAGAGUCUUGGUGGUUCCAAACUUCUUCCAUUUAAGAAUGAUGGAGGCCACUGUGUUCUUGGGGUCCUUCAAUGCUGCAGAAAGUUUUUGGUACCCUUCCCCAGAUCUGUGUCUCGACACAAUCCUGUCUCGGAGCUCCACGGACAAUUCCUUCAACCUCAUGGCUUGGUUUUUGCUCUGACAUGCACUGUCAACUGUGGGACCGUAUAUAUAGACAGGUGUGUGCCUUUCCAAAUCAUGUCCAAUCAAUUGAAUUUACCACAGGUCGACUCCAAUCAAGUUGUAGAAACAUCUCAAGGAUGAUCAAUGGAAACAGGAUGCACCUGAGCUCAAUUUCAAGUCUCAUCGCAAAGGGUCUGAAUACGUUAUGUAAAUAAGGUAUUUCUGUUUUUAUUUUUAAUAAUUUGCACAACCUACAAAAACAUUUGCUUUGUCUUUAUGGGGUAUUGUGUGUAGAUUGAUGAGGAAAACGUUUAAUUUAAUCAAUUUUAGAAUAAGGCUGUAAUGUAACAAAAUGUGGAAAAAGUUAAUGGAUCUGAAUACUUUCCGAAUGCACUGUAUGGCAUCCUUCCCCUUUUCUGCUUUUCUUUCUCUCUGUGUCAGUCAUUUUGAUGUUUCCAUGCCAAGCAAAAAGACAGGGCCCUUAGAGAGGAAUAACAAGAAAUGACCCUCACUCAUUCUUUCCAUCUGCCUAGGCUCUGUCCUAAUCUUUUACCACCUCUCCAAGAUCAACAGUACAGCAUGACCACUUUCCUCCGUUCUUCCUUACUCUGAAAUGUCAGAACAAUAUGCCUGUUGUUGUCAUUAAGGAUGUUGAGUUGAGCAAGACACUUGGAAAAUGAACCAUUUACUACUUGUUUCUCUCUAGCUCCCCGCUCCUCUCUAAGGUCAACAGCACCAGUACGGGUCAGUUAGACAAGCUGGUCUCCCCUGGCCUGCCUGCCCUGACCCCUGAGUCUGAGGAGGAGUGCUCGUUCCCCCCUCAGAGGGUCAGCACCUUCCGCCCGCGCCCCUACAGCAUGGCCGACUCCAACCAGGUCAGCCUGAGGCCGAAGGUCAGAGGUGAAGGGGUAGAGUGGGCAGGGCCCUCUAACCGACCGGCUCUGUCAAUGCUGAUGCAAGAGGUAUAGAUGGCUUAUAAUGACAGAAUAUAAUGUAGAUAUGAUAUGUAAUGGGUUAAUAACACUAGGAUCUUUAUCCCUUUUACUACAGCUCUCCUCAGACUUCGCCUCUCCUCCACCCUCACCAACCUGGUAAAUGCAUUCAUUAUAUUUUAUACAGUAGACAUACUGCACUGCAGUAGUCACCAACCCUGGUCCACUUUAGAUACAUUCCUGUCAAUAAACGUGUCUAAGCUUCUGUCAUGCCUGAUAUGCACAUUGUCUCCCUUGCAGGACCAACCCAUUUGCCCAUAUCCGACUCAGAAAGACGGUGACCAACGAUCGCUCUGCACCAAUCAUCGAAUAGGACAUGGUCUCCUUGAUCAGGCAACCAAUGGAGAGGUGUUAAUAAGGAAACGUUCAUGUGUUUUGAAUUUGUUCUCAGAGGCCAGUAACUGUGUUGGUUGAGUUCUCAACUGUUGAGCCUUAAGAGAAAGCCCUACGUUAACCUUUCUGUUCAUGUUGGUUAUUUACAAGGGCUGAUUAGAUGUGUAUUAAUCAGGCCUAAUUCAAAAUACAGACACUUAUGUGGUGUUAUUUUGAUGAUAGAAGAAUCAAAGCCGAAAUUUCAGUGACAUUACAGUGAUUGUCAAAGACCCUUUGGACAAAAUGAGAUGUAGCUUUCAGCUGGUGAAUCAGAUCUUCAAUUAAAAAAAAUCCACCUUAGUAUUUGAGAAUUAUAGCGGGAGUUGGAAUAUAGAGCACUGCGAUGUUAGUAAAAACACAAACAGAGGAAGGCCAUUUUGUCGGCAUGUCCAACAGCCCUGGGCAUUACUGACUAUAAGAUCAUUUUAUCAUUUUAUGUUUAUUUUCAUUUCACAACACUUUUCUAGAAGUAACCUUGGUAGAAAAUGUUUUAUGUUAUUUUGUCUGUACCCGUUCAGGGACUGGUUCCUGGUAGCAGGCUAUAGUUAGGUAAUAGUUUUAAUGAAUUAUAGCAUACUUUACUUUUACCAUUAGGAAUUGUCUUAAAGGACAGAUUUUUGAGAAGAGAGUUGUUUUUUUUUGUGCGGAGAGAUGUGUGUGAUCCAGGAAAUCGAAACAUGUUGAAGAAUUUCAUGUUUUUUUUCCAUUGUUGGGAUUCAAUAAGGAGUAUUUUUAAGCACAUGUUAGCUAGGCAGAUUUUUUCACUAGAUGAGACCACCAUCACUCAAUCCUGAGUGUCACAGUGGUCUAAGGCUGAAUCGCAGUGUAACUGAUUCAAGAUACUGGUUGAAUCCAGCUGGUCGCACGAGGCCACAGACCGGCAUGGGGGCACAAUUGGACCCAGAGUUGAAAUGGCGCAGGGUGUAGCUCAGUUGAUGAGCAUGGCGUUUGCAAUGCCAGGGUUGUGGUUCGAUUCCCACGGGGCAAAUUAAAGACAAUAAAAAAUAUUGUAUUCACAUAACUGUAUGCCCAUGUGAUAGAGCGUUGCAAUGAUUUAAAUGAAAUUGUAAUGAUUGAUUCACUUUACAACUUAAUGACAUGUCAUCGUAUGGAGAUUUAAAAAAGGUUUAUUGAUGUUGCAAUGGAAGUUGCUUACUGAGGUCAUCAGCACAACGUUGGGUAGGAAAUAGUUCAAGUUUAAACACCAAUAUUUUUAAAAUAAUAAUUUGUUUUAAUGUACUUUGUAUAAGGAAUUAUACUUUUAAGAUCAACUGAUCAAUUUACGAAGGCAAUUGAUAUGAUUUGUUAUACACAGAAAUAUGUUGCAUUGCAAAGCUAUUGCUGCAAGUUUGGGAUGUGUAGAUUGUAUUGAACAUUUACCUUCAAGAGUCUCUUAUCUACUUUAAGGUAUUAAUAGAAGUAAGAAGGAGCAACAGUACAGAUGUAGGAUCUUCAUUUGAUCACUCUUUUGUUGCUGAGAAUUUUCCUGAAAAGCAGGAAAUACAAACUUGUAGUGUAUUUUCG